UACGGCCCAAAUAUUAAAAACGCCAAUAUCAGUUUUGGUCAUUAUUAACGGUGCUGUCAACCGGACCAGAAGCAUGGCCAUGGCACAGUCAACACUGAUGUUCGCAAUGUGCAUUUUGAUGAUAACAGAACUCAUACUGGCCAGAAAGGACUACUAUGACAUCCUCGGUGUGCCAAAAGAUGCUUCGGAACGUCAGAUCAAAAAAGCUUUUCACAAGCUUGCCAUGAAAUAUCACCCCGACAAGAACAAGAGCCCCGAUGCGGAAACCAAAUUUCGAGAGAUUGCAGAAGCAUACGAAACACUAUCAGAUGAGAAAAGAAGGCUGGAGUAUGACCAAUCAGGAUACAAUACAUUCAGCAAUGAAGACGUGAACAGAGGAGGAGAGCAGCAUUUUCAUCAUUCCUUUGAUUUUAACUUCGACGACAUGUUCAGAAACUUUGACAUCUAUAGCCAAAACAGGCAAGCUCGUUCAAAAAGGCACUUUGACGAGCACUUCAGGGCCCACCAGCAAGCACUCAACCGCCAUAAGAGACACUCCCAGGGUACUUUUGGUGCCGGAGUCUUUGAGGACAUGUUUGAAGACAUGGAGAAGAUGUUUACAUUUGACCGACACAUAAAAAAGACAGAGAGCAGGUUUCAGGGCACAGCCAAACAGCACUGCAGAACGGUGACCCAGCGAAGAGGAAACAUGGUACACGGAUUCACGGAUUGCACCUCAUCCUCCUGA